AUGAUAGCUGGCGCACUAAUCCGUCGGUUUGACAGUGUUUUAAAUAUCCAUUCUGGUGCAGUCUUUAAGCUGCCUAAAAAGGCAAUGAAAGCUGCUUAUGGAUUUUGGAUUCCCAGAGAGCGCCACUCUAUCAGGACACUGACUGAUGCAAAAGAAGCCUUCCAGAAUAUGUCCUCUUUCUACAGAUAUAAUCCAAGCCGUCGAGAAGGAUGCCAAAAGAAGAAAAAAGCUAACAAUGUGGAGAAUCAUUUAAGAUUUUCGGGAAAUUAA